AGUUGUUCGUUUCCCAGCUGUCCUGCAAGCAAGAAGCGCCUGGCUGGAAUGGGGCUCUCCCCCCCGACUCCUGCUGCUCAGGAGCCGUGGGCGAUGGGGGCAGGCCGGCCGGCAGGCUGUGGCCUUGCAGACCCCUGUGUUGGGAGCCUUCCUGGCACACCUGGCCUGCUGGAAGUUCCCUGCGAAGAGAUGGAGCAAGCGGCGGUGGGGGAACAGCAGUGCGAGGCGGCUCGCCGGAAGCUCCGGGAGAUUGAGGACAGAAUCACAGACGAAGACGAAGAAGACGGGCUGGUGGGGGAGGAGCCUGUUGGCAGCCUGCCCACUCUCGUCCUGUCCGACACCCUUAAAGCAGGGCUGAAGAGGGAUUAUGCUGGAGACCUGACGAAGAAAAUAAUAGAGUCCAUGAGUCGUCCCUCCAUGGAGCUAGUAGUCUGGAAGCCUCUCCCUGAAUUCCUCAACAAAAAAGCAAAGUCUGUUUCUGUUAAAGACUACAAGCCCGUGGCAGAAACGUGCCCCACAAAAUCAGCAACCCUUGAAGCUGCUUUCAGCCUCCAGACAGGAAAGUUCUCUGAGUCGCAGCAAGCAGAGAUGCCUUCACCUUUCUACAGCGCUGUGGAACCUGCUGGGUGCUCAGAAGAGGAGAUGGAGUUGUAGAAACGGGGGCAGCUUGCUUAUAUUUCUUCACCCUUUGGAUGUGUGGGUAUUAGAUGGUGUAGAGGAGAGGGACGUGUAUUUUUAAGGUGACGGUCAGAAGUAUGAGAUGGCUUCAGGCCUAGGAAAUGGGAAAAAGUCAUUUUAUACUCCAAGAAAACAAGCUUGUUUUUAAACAAGAGAGUCAGAAAUGUUGGUUUGUCUGGCUCAUUGCUAAUUUGUAGAGUAAAAUUCAAGGAUUUGGGCCCUCCUGUAUGCCUCAUGAGCUAUCAGCAUUGUUCAGUGCUGAUCCCCACGGAAGAAGGGCUGCCAGCUGAUUUAGAAGGGGAUACAGGAUUGUGAGAUUAACUUGCCUUUGGACAGAUGAUGUCCGUGUGCGUACUUCUUGCCAUCCCUGGAGCUCCCUGGAGCCUUCAAGCAUGGGGUUAGGUAGCAAAGGGGCUUGAUCGACUGGAACUUAUUUUUGGUCCACAGAACAUCUGCUUCCUUUCCUCUAGAGGGCUGCGGUCUCAUUGGAGAUCCACUUGUGAGUAUUCUCAGUAGGAUUCUGAUAAUAUGUGAAUGAGCAACUUGGAAAAGAAAUUUCUCCAAGUGCUUUUUCAGCCUGUCAUGUCAUUUAGCCUCCUGCAGAUUUUGCCUCUACAGACCCAGACAUGAUUGCUGACUUAAAGCCAUCUCCACUGAGAUUCCAAAAACAGCUGAUCUGUCAGGCUGCUUAAGGCACUGUCACAAAUGCCAGUUUUCUGGAUCGAGAUGUCAAAACAAAUUUCCUCGGGUGCCAGAAAACCACAGAGUUAACUUUACACAAUGCCAGCAAUCUGGAUAGUGGCUGUAGGGAAGCCACCACUUGGUCACUUCCUGGAGUGAGAUGCUAGAAUCUUCUGCUUCGUUUGCCUUUGUGUUCCGUUGCCCCAUUUGUUUUUUUUUUAAUUUUUAAAAAAAUUCUGUUAUCAGCACAGGUGAGCCUCUGUGGGCUAAUAUGCAAACGGCAUUUCUAUUUUGAUAGUGGAUUAAAUAUUAACACUUUGCAUAUGUCUGAAAUAAGCUUUUCAUGUAACAUUUAUUUGUUAGGCCUUGAUUUCUGUGCACAGCUGUCUUGCUUUUAAAUAGUUUUGUCUGCCGCAUCCCUGUCAGCUGAAGAGGCGCUUGCAGCUUCUCUCUGGCCGGAGUCCUGGCAUCAGACCUCUGUAGGGAGAGGCCAAGUUGCUCACUGUGGGGAAGGGUGCCCUGUGCACUUGCCUGGAAAUGUAGCUGGCUCAGGUAUCCUCAGGCAAGUAAAAGGAAGCUGCUUGUUCUCCCCAGAGGUGCAUCGGGGUCCAUGGGUGAUGUGUGAGAGCGCCUCUCUUAGCCCAUGUCCCUCGACAACUCUGAAUUUGCCUAAUCCGGGACUGCCUUGCCAAAGUCCUGUUUCUUAUGGUUAGUUCACAGCCCUCUGAAUCCUGAUUGAGGGGAGGGGACACAGAAAGUGCUGUUUCCUGACAAACCCACCAUCCCUGUUUUUGCCACUGCACAGCUGCAGCUAGGUAACUGGCUGGGCACGAGUUCACAAGAAAUGUUGAAGGUUCGCAUAUUUUUGUAAGCUUGUCUAAAUCUUUCUAGAAUGGAUUCUUUUUGAGUUGGGGCCUGCAGAGUAAUUUCUCUAGUUUUCUCUAGCCAGAGACUGAAUUCUGUUUUGUGUGCCAUGCAAGGAAAGUGGGGUGUUUCUGGCUUUUUUUGCUCUGAACCAAGACACAUCUGAUUUUGGUCUGUCUUGUGUUGGACCAAAUUGUGACUUGUACAUCCUUAUUCUCAAUACAUCUUUGUAACAUUUCUAGAGUGCUGUGUGUUGGUCUUGCAAGGGGGAGGAGGGACAUAGGCUGCACAGGAACACACCUCACAUGUUUGAGAGACAACCAAGCCCUGCUUCAAUGACACCACUCUGAAGCUCAGCUGUUUUUAGCAGAGCUUUUGCCUGCCGGCUGGCUAACUCAGGGAGGACAGCUUCUAGUGCAGGAGACUAUGAUGUGUUUUGCCACCUUGUUACUGUUGCAGGACCUUCAGACCAAUGAGUCACCCACCUCCUGUAAGACAUGCUUAACCAU